CAUCUCACGAAUUGCAAACACAACAUAUCCUACCAUAUACCCCGAUCUAAAGCUCCAAGAAGCUCGGAAAACUUUCCAUUUCGCAUUAUCAAAGCCAUUUUUAGCUUCGACGACCAAAACCACACCCUCAAACCCACACCUUCAAGCUUCGUGCUACCUAAACCACCCCCAUCGCAUGCCAAGGGGCCGACGCUUCCGCUUUCGAAAACACUCCGCUCACACCCCCUCCAAACACCAAGACUACCUCCUCUCCCUCCAUAACACCAGGAUGUCUCAAUUCCUGCCCCACGCCACCUACGCCGAGGACCAGCGGUAUCCAUAUGCCAUCCUGACGGGGCACGUCCUCUAUCGCGGUUUCGCCACCGGCGCCCUUGUCGGCGCAUUGGCGCCUUUUCCAAUCAUGUUAUUCCGCCCUCUCAAAUACCCCCUGCCUCUUGCUGUCUUGAGGUCUGCAGGCAUGGGAACGGUGGUGGGAACAGGAGUUCUGGCGCUGGCGCUGGCGGGACGGAUGUAUGGUAGAGAGGAGAUCGAGUGGAGAGAUCGUAGUUGGCGAUUGUUGGCGAAUAAGGGACAGGUGGAGGUUGAUACCUGGAGUGGAGUUGGGACGGUGAUGGGUGCGUUGGUGGCGAGGGGGAAGGGAUGGAGAGGACGGUUGGGAGGGGCGGGGUUGGGGAAUUUGGUGGGGGUGGGAGGGUAUUUGGGGUGGAGGUAUGGGCUUUAUGGGGGAAAGUUUAAUAAGGGGAAGUGGGAGGAGGACGCGGUGUGAGGUUGGGGUGGAAUUGGGAUGUGAAUAUAGUGAGGAUGGAGGCGUGUUACAGAUAUGGUUGUAGGUCAGAAUUAGGUGUUUAAGGGAAGGCGUUAUUUGGAGGUGGGAGGGACAUCAUCGCUCAAUUAGUUUGCAAAAUGGAUGGCAACCAUUUUAUUUGCG